AUGGCAACCCCUGGAGAAGGCAGCAACCCCAGUGGCACAGUGACACCCCAGCCACUGGCACAGCCAAGGGAACUCGAGCCACGGUUGGCCCGGAGACGCCUGUCCCAGGCCCGCCACCGAGCCACCAUGUCAGUGCUCUUCAACAACCUCAGGAAGACCAUUUACCCCCAGUCGGAUUUCACAGCUUCAAAGUGGCAGGUUCUGAGUAAGGCGAAGAAUCAUAUUCAGGAACUGGAACAAACCCUGGAUAAUUUGCUGAAGAUGAAAGAAUCUUUCAACCUGGAAGAUGGAAAUGCAAACACCUUAGAGGAGGUCAGGAAAGAAUAUGCCAGCUUGUACUGCAGAAAUGACAGCCUGGUUUUGAACAGUUUUCCUCUGAAUGACUCCUUGCCCUGGUGCCCAACUGAGGCAGUUGGGAAGGAUGCAGAGGAGGGAGAAGAUGAGGAAGAGGAGGACCAAGAAGAGGAAGAGGAGGAGGAGCAGAAAGAAGAGGAGAAAAAUGCGGAGCCCUCACACUCCCCAGUCACUUUGUCACCAGACCUCAUGGAAUUUGAACGGUACCUCACCUUCUACAAGCAGACGAUGGACCUCCUGACGGGGCACGGGAUCAUCUCCUCGCAGGAGGUGAUGCUGCCCAUCGUCUCCGCGGCCAUCUCCCACCUGUGGCAGACGCUGUCUGAGGAGCACAAGGCGAGUCUCCUGCAGGCCUGCGCACAGAAGCACCUCCCGGGCCCGGCAGAGGGCAGCGUGAGGGACAGCGGGGUGGACAGCCAGGGGGCCAGCUGCUCGCUCGUCUCCACCCCGGAGGAGAUCCUAUUUGAAGAUGCAUUUGAUGUGGCGAGUUUCCUGGACAACAGUGAGGCUCCAAAUACAUCCAGCCCCAGUUCAAUGUUUGCCAGCUGCAACCCAGAAAAUCCAGAGGAAAAGUUCCAGCUCUAUAUGCAGAUCAUUGAUUUUUUAAAAGACCUUUGCUGUGUUAACACUCAGUUGAAACAGGAACCAGACCUUCCCAUUGAUGAUGAGAUGAUAAUGUUGAGGUGCCUGGAGACUUUUGAUGAUGAAGAUUUGUAA